AUGGCAAUGCACUUCUACUUCAACCGUUUCAUAAGGAAACAUAAAACUCUCGGUGCUCAACUUCAGCAAUUCAUUGAUGAUGUCAUUCGUGUUUAUCCUGGACCACCGGAAUUGGGAAUGGAAGGUCUUCAACUGAAUGAGAUCAAUCUUCCAACACCAGAGAGUGAGGGGAUCGAAAAUCUUAUGCCAAUUUCUAGAACUCCAAAACGACGUAAACAAGAACCACUCAGCGACAGCGAAGAUGAAAUCAUAGAUAUGGACGACCCUGAUUGGGGACCUGGUGACUUCUAA